AUGGACGGCGACGACCUCAUUGCCACGGUCUACCGCAAGAUCGAGCGGGAAAAGGCCCUCAUCAAUGCCGCCACGAACAUGCGCCAAUCCACUGACAACCCCAUGGUGCACCAGAGAGUGGACGCGAAUAUUCGCGAUGGCAGGAAAAAUAUUGCAUACCUCGAGGAGAAGAUGAGGGAGCUACAGCUGCGUCGACUCGGACAGGACGGUGGGGGUUCCCCCACAGCAGAACGCCAUCCUGACGGCACACCGAUGCCUCCCCCGAAGGAUUCGCCAACGUACCCGGGUAAUGAUCAAGGUGACUACGGAGAUGUUGGACCAGGAGGAUAUAGUCAAGGCGGAACGGGCACGAUGCCCUCACGAGCCCCCUUUGCCGACCCCCGCCCUUUUGCACCUAUCCCGAAAGCGAGACCGAACUACAGCAAGCUUGAUUUAAUUAAAUAUGACACUCCUUAUCUGGGCCCGAAGAUUCAGCUUAUGCUGUCACAACUUGAGUUCAAACUGAGCGUUGAGAAACAAUAUAAGGCCGGUAUUGAGAAGAUGGUCCGCUUAUAUCAAGAUGAGGGUGACAGAAAAAGUCGUGCGGAUGCCGAGGGUCGACGGAUCGAGAGUAACCAAAAGAUCCAACUGUUAAAGCAAGCUUUGAAGAGAUACGAGGAUCUUCACGUCAACAUCGAGAGCGCCCCGGAUGCUCCCGACGAUGAGAGUUUAAAUGCACCCAAUAUGCGCAAGCCCCUCACCGGUCACUUGUUCAUGCGCAUCCACGCCGUCAAGGACGUCGAUCAUGCAGCUAGUUCGAGAUUUUCCCGUGGCCCUGAGACCUUUGUGGUUCUCAAAGUGGAAGAUGCGGUUAAAGCGCGUACACGAGCCACUAGAUCGGACCGGUGGUCAGAAGAGGCGUUCAAUAUCGAUAUCGACAAGGCAAAUGAAAUCGAAUUGACCGUUUACGACAAGGCUGGAGACCGCCCAACGCCUAUAGGCAUGCUCUGGAUUCGCAUAUCCGACAUAGCGGAGGAGAUGCGUCGUAAGAAGAUAGAGACUGAACUGAACGCCUCGGGCUGGGUCUCCGCGGACAAGAUGCAGCAUGGAGGUGGCUCUGGACGACACGAUUCCCAGCACUCACUGAAUUCUCCCUCGGCUCAAAUGACCGGCGCGCCGAAUCCCCCUGCCCAGGGACAAGGUGCUGGAGGUGCUCCUCCCGGUGCUUCAGCACCUCCAGUAAUGAUCGACUCGUGGUUUGCACUGGAACCAGUUGGCAGGAUCCAUUUGACAAUGAGUUUCGCCAAGCAACUUAAAGACAGGCGUCCGUUUGACAUUGGUCUCAACCGACAGGGUGCCGUCCGUCAGAAAAAGGAAGAGGUCCACGAAAAGCAAGGCCACAAGUUCGUCACGCAACAGUUCUACAAUAUCAUGCGCUGCGCUCUGUGCGGAGACUUCCUCAAGUACGCUGCCGGUAUGCAGUGUGCCGACUGCAAGUACACCUGUCACCGGAAAUGUUACCCCAAGGUCGUCACCAAGUGUAUUAGCAAGGCCAACUAUGAAACCGACCCGGACGAGGAGAAGAUCAAUCAUCGUAUCCCGCAUCGUUUCGAGACGUUCGCCAACAUUUCUGCCAACUGGUGUUGCCAUUGCGGUUAUCUUCUCCCCUUCGGUCGUAAAAACGCAAAGAAAUGUUCAGAAUGUGGGCUUACCUGCCACGCUCAUUGCGCCCACCUGGUUCCCGAUUUCUGUGGAAUGUCUAUGGAGGCGGCGAACCAGAUUCUAGAGACACUAAUCAGAACUAAGAACCAUAAUAAGACGGCCUCCAUAAGUUCUGGAUUAAGUGGCCGUACCCUACGUCCUGGUGGCCCGCCACAGGCACCCCAGGACCUCCCACCUGUGCCUCAGAAGCAAGUUGAGCCCUAUGGAGCACCGCCGAGACAGGCUUCUGCUGAGGCUCUCAGCGCAGCAAGCAACUCCUACAUGACGCCGCAGUCGCCCCCUGGUGCUCAACGACAACAGAUGCCGCCGAGAACAACGUCCUCAAAUGCUGCUGCUGCCGCAGCGGCUGUUGCAACUGGCAUGCGUCCACCGUCGCAGCAAGGUGCAGGCCCUGCACAGCAGCCGGCCCAUGCUCCCUAUGAUCCUGCGGCAUAUGCAUUCGCUUCACAACAAGGGCCUCCACAGCAAGUUGUCCAGAAGGCACAACCGCCUUAUAUGAUGCCGCAGCAGCAGCAGCAGCAGCAAAUGGUACCCCAGUCCCCCACCAAGGACGUACAGCAGCAACCCAAAGUCAGAAUUGGUCUCGAUCAUUUCAAUUUCCUUGCUGUUCUUGGAAAGGGUAACUUUGGAAAGGUCAUGCUAGCGGAGACCAAGUCCACCAGGAAGCUCUAUGCUAUUAAGGUCCUGAAGAAGGAGUUUAUCAUCGAAAAUGACGAGGUUGAGAGCACAAAGUCUGAGAAGCGUGUCUUCUUGAUCGCCAACAAGGAGCGGCAUCCCUUCCUUCUCAAUCUGCAUGCUUGUUUCCAGACCGAGACCCGUAUAUAUUUCGUCAUGGAGUAUAUCAGCGGUGGUGACUUGAUGCUUCAUAUCCAGCGUGGCCAAUUUGGCUUGAAACGGGCACAGUUCUAUGCUGCGGAGGUUUGCUUGGCGCUGAAGUACUUCCACGAGAAUGGCGUCAUCUAUCGUGAUUUGAAAUUGGACAACAUUCUUCUUACACUAGAUGGUCAUAUCAAGAUUGCAGACUACGGUCUCUGCAAGGAGGAGAUGUGGUAUGGUUGCACUACCAGCACUUUUUGCGGUACUCCCGAGUUCAUGGCCCCUGAGAUUCUCCUCGACAAGAAGUAUGGCCGCGCAGUUGACUGGUGGGCAUUCGGUGUUUUGAUCUACCAGAUGCUCCUUCAACAGUCUCCGUUCCGUGGCGAGGAUGAAGAUGAAAUUUAUGAUGCUAUCCUUGCUGAUGAGCCGCUUUAUCCCAUCCACAUGCCUCGCGAUUCUGUCUCAAUCCUCCAGAAGCUUUUGACCCGUGAGCCGGAGUUGAGACUGGGCUCCGGACCGACGGAUGCCCAGGAAAUCAUGUCGCAUGCUUUCUUCAGAAAUAUUAACUGGGAGGAUGUCUAUCACAAGCGCGUCCCUCCCCCAUUCAUGCCGACAAUUAGCAACCCAACAGAUACAAGCAACUUCGAUCAGGAGUUCACCAGUGUUACCCCGGUCCUGACUCCUGUCCAAUCUGUUCUCUCUCAAGCCAUGCAGGAGGAAUUCCGAGGCUUCUCUUAUACCGCGGACUUUGUUUGA